AUGGUCUCGCUUAGUUUUAAAGUCUUCGUAAUUUUCUUGUGUGUUAAUUCCAUUAACACGCAACUUAUCCAUCAAGAUGACGAAAAUAUAAAACAUGAUCGUAUAAUAGAAACUGCAAUUGAGAUCGCAAAUCAAAAUUUUAAGUUCAGAAUACAGACUGCUGUCGUAUCGAGGGAUGUUGAAGAAACUAUUGUAAGUAAAUUCAUUAAGUCGUUCGGAGGAACAGUGCUCUUGGAGAAAAGAGACGGAUUUCAACCGAAGCAAGUUGUUCUCAUAAUAGAAUCAUACUUUUCUUUGAUUCGAAUGUUAGGACAGCUGAAACCGGAUUUGAAAGGAAGAACGUUUCUUCACAGUGGGGCGUACUAUCUGAUCGUCCUUUUGUCUUAUCCCCAUAGAUUGGAACGCAUUAACAGUUUGCUUUGGAGCUACUACGCCACGAAUGUUGUAAUUAUUGUCUCCAACGAAAACAAAAGCAUAGCACUUUAUACUUACUUUCCAUACAAAAAUCCGUUGAGUUGUCAGAAUUUAGAGCCCAGUCUAAUUGGAUUCUGGGGUGACAAGGGAAUCCUUUAUAAGAAUCUAUUUCCCGACAAAAUGGGUAACAUGCAAGGCUGUCCUCUCUAUAUAUCUACUAAUAAGAACUAUCAUCCAGCAACAGAGCAGAAAAUUCCACUAGAAAUUAUUAAGAAAGCAAUAGUAAGAUUGUUUAGAAACGCAAUCAAUUUCACACCAAUAAUAUCGAACAGAGAUUUUCUCAGUAUCGAUUCCGAUGGAUCAAAAAACUGGUCUAGUACUUUGGAAGAUGUAUUGACGGGAGCUUCGAAUAUUUCAAUGUGCAGUAUUUCACCAGGGCUGGAAAGAGGCGGAGUCUUGGACUACUCGAUACCCUAUUUUCGUAUAAGUUUAGCGUGGUUGGCACCGCCUCUACGACCAGAACCGUUAUGGUGGCGACUUUUUUCACCGUUAAAUGGAUACUUGUGGCUCGUACUUUUAUUGGUUAUUCUUAUGGUCAAAUCAAUCCCGUUUAUAAUGAAAAUCGGGCGUAUUAAAAAAUUCUGCCAACGUAAUUUUAAAAACGCAGAUAAAUUACAUGGAGUUGUGAUCAGAAUUUGGGGUGUAUUGAUGGGACAACCGAUACGGGUUGAGCCGAAACGUUUUAGGGACUUUUACAUUCUGGCGAUUUGGAUAUGGUUCACAUUUGUUGUAAGAAGCGCUUAUCAAAGUGUCCUCAUUGGGGCAUUAAAAUCUGAGGUGACUGUCGGAAAAUUUCGUGACUUAAAAGAGGCCGUUAGUGAGGGAUAUCAAUUCGGUGGAAGGGCAGGUGUUUUGGAUCAUUUUGACUAUGACCCUUACAUACGGGAUAAUUUCGUAGUAGUACCCGAAAAUGAAUUCGAGGACUUAUUUCGAGAUGUACUAGAGGGGAAGAAAAAGUUCAUAUUUGCCAUAUCUCUGGAAUAUGUGUUUGCAUACUGCAUGUCGCAGGGAAUAAAUGAUCAAGAAUGUGGCUACGUACUUCCUGAUUCAAUAAUGACCAUCCCAUUAGUGAUUUGGAUGAGGAAAAAUUCUACAUUUAAGAGGCCAUUGUCGGUUUGGCUGAUACGGCUCAUAGAAAGCGGUCUAAUAGAUAAAGACAUGUUGAAAGUGCCCUUAAUCAAUACAUUGAAAACGACGGAUUCGAGUCCACUGACUAUUGACCAAAUUUCCAGUUGUAUGCUUUGUCUAUUACUUGGAUACCUAUUGUCUACUAUUGUUUUUAUAAUUGAGAUAGUAAAGUUUAAAACUAAAGAAAUGAAAGUUUUGGGUAGUACUAUAAAGUUUAUGGAGAAAAGUGGCAAGAAUUAG